AUUUGACAAGGUUGGUUAAUAUCUUGCUGCUAGAUAGAUCAAAUAUGAUGCGAGAGUCAUCUUCGCAAAUGAAUUGCAAUGCUAUUGUUGACUCUAAUCAGCUUUGGCAAACUUCAACGGAUAGUCGUAAACAAACCACGUCGGAUAUAGACAAACUCAUUCAAAAAGACCACGAACGACUUCAACAAUAUGUCACCGAAAAGGAACAAAAUGAACAGCUCAAACGAACUGAAAAAGGCUAUCAUUUCAAGCAAUUUUAUAAUCACUUCAAUUCUAGUAUCAAUAAGAUUAGCAGUAGCAGUUCACUUUCAUUUAAAAAAAAUACCAAGAGUAGUUCUCCUGUAACACCGCUUGUUGCAUUAACAGAAUCAAGACAGGCUGAAGUCUUCAAACUAUCCGUUAUCGACCAGAACGGCACGUAUGAACCACCUUCACCACCGCUUUCCUCGAAUAGUAAAAGAGAUCAUUGGGUAGAAGUGUACGAAGAGGAUAUUAUGGACUUUUGGCUGCCUAGUCGAAAUUGUUUAACUGUCCAACAAAAUGAGAACAAGCAUGAAUUUUUUACUCCCUCUACGAUUGUUCCUUAUAGUUACCAUGCCAUAUCAAUAUCGCAAACACCUUCAAAAACUUGUACAGUUCUAAAAGUUCCACCACUCAAAGAAAGCUGUUCAACAUCGACUAUAGCAUCAAGAUCGUCGGCUGAAACAGUUACUUUGUGACAAAGACACAAUUUGCACGAAGUCAUUUCAAAGGUCGAAUGUCUCGUCCUUUAUCUAUCCUAUUAUUGAUAAAUAUUCUUUUCUUUCUUACCCGCGUUUAAAAUGAGUAUACUAUUAUAAGACAACAUAUAGGAGCUAGUUUAUAGUUGAAAUUUUCUUCUAUGAUUAUUAUGGUCAUGCUGGUAACGGCAACAGUGACAAGGGGUUGUAAUCAAUUGAACCGGAACAAUCGGAUUCCCAAUGAGACUCUCAUUAUGAAUGCAGGUUGAUAUAAUUGCCAGAGCUUCUUUUGCCGAACCAAAGAUAAUCCCAUACAAAGCUUAUUAUACUAGGUUAAUUAUACAAAUCAUCUAUCUGUUGUUUAUUUCAGUGAAAACUGCAAGUUAGAAUAUAAAUUGAUAGAGUACCAUGGAGUGAAUUUCCAUACACAUUCUUGUUAAUUAGUUGUCAAAUUUGGUCAAAAGCCAUGAUUUAACACGCGG